AAAUAAUCAAAAAACCGUUACACGUUCAUCCAGCUCUCAAUCAGUGUGCCAUAGCCCGUUCAAUCUGGUAAUAUUUGAUCUGCACCAAUACCGGGUUCAAGUUGGCCGCCGUCGCUUGACCUAAGCUGGAGACAACUGCAGCUCACCUCCCUUCAUCCACCUCAGCACUUUCUUACCACCCACCACUACGACGAUGAGCGACACCGAUUCUUCACUUUCGGAGCCACCUCCUUCUGAUGAGGAACUUGAAAUUGAAGAUAUUGUCCAGCCUGCGAAAAAGUUGAAGCUCAAGAAGUCGAAGCGCAAGGUUGACGAGGACGACGAUCUCGAUGCGGAAGAUGCUUCUCCAGCAAAGAAGAAGCGCGCAGCUUCGCCGCCACAUGAACUCGUUUUCGAAGACAAUGCUGAUAUUGCCUUCAUCGUCAUGUUUAGAGCACGCUUCGCGGACGUUUUCCCUCCGAAAGGCGUGAUAAAUUUCGGUCCACAAGAUCUUGAGAGGGCGGUUACGGAUUCCCCGCCUGGUCCGAUGGCAGAGAACCUCCUGUGCUCGCUCCUUUACCUCGUCCUGAACAGACAAAAGCCUCCCGAGAGAGGUCAUUAUGGGCGCGCCUUGGAAGAGGCUAUCUCGGCAAACAGAGCCCAAUGGCCAAGAGUAUGGAAUGGGACCAAUCCUCUGUUGGGAGCGAAUAACUUCAUCACUAUGAGCCCUAUCGAACGUCUCAUCCUUCUGAAGACAUUGAUUCACUGGAGUCUUAAUGAAUCGACAAAGAUCAAGGACAUGAUCAAGGAAAGCUACAAGCAGGCCCGUCAUGAUGACGACAGGAAUCAACCACUUUCCGUACAACCAUGGGGCCGCGAUAGUGAUAAGCGUCGUUACUGGCUGAUCGAAGGCAAGGACGACACAGUCUUUCGAUUAUAUCGUGAAAGUAACCCAGCACUCAAAACGAAUGUAUGGAUAAGCGUUGCAGGUACCCUCGAAGAACUACGUACCCAGGCGGGCAAGCUGGGGGAGGAGGGCUCUCAGGCUGCUCGCAGGCUAGCGGAAAGUAUCAAGAAUGGUAUCAUACGCCUGGAAGCCACAGAAGAGAAACGCAAGCGGCGAGAAUAUCGUCAAUCACGGAAGGCCCAGUUCACACGGCCAGAGCCUGGAUUCUCCCUAUACGAAGGUCGCACUCGUGGCAAACGCAUGAGGUAUACUUUCUCGGAUGAAGAAGAUGACGCAUCAGAAGCUGGCUCAGGUGCGCGAUCUACGAGAUAUCGAGGACGGGACUCAUCUACCGACCCUUCAAGACCAACUGUGACUGCAAGCGGCCGUCAGGUUCGAACACGACAGCACGGUGCUUACGGAGAAUCUCUCCUCAGUGGUCAAGUUACCGGAGACGUAGGCUCACCUGCCACGGAUGGCUCAGACGGGCUUCAACGGCCAUCACAUGGAAGAGCCACCCGCGCGGCUGCUAAACCUGCGGCGAAUGGUUGGUCCCGGGGCAGCAGGAACAACAGGAACAUUGACACGUAUGAUUCAGAUGAGAUUGACGAAGACGAUGGUGCGUCUGUAUCUGGGAAUGAGUGGGAUGAUGGCGAUGAAAGCGACGACGAGGUCAAAGCUAGAGACGUCUCCGACGAAGACGAAGACAUGAGCGACGCCGAAGCACCAAGUCUUGUCACAGUAUUGAGAUAUGGGGAGGGGAAGGAGUUCACCGCCAACUCCACGUCUGAUACCAACGAAGACAAAGAGAUGACACAAGUCGCGGCACCGCCUUCAGCGCGUACGCAGGAACCCAAAGCCUCAUCUGCUCAGACUGCUCGGCCUGAGUCACGCGUGCUGAACCGAAAUGGACAGCCUGUAUCCGAAACCGUAUCAACGGCACCCGCCGCACCCACUGCAGGUACAGCGCCAACUCUUGUCGUCCCCGCUACUGCGCCCAUUGUUACCACUGCAGCUCAAGUAGAAGAUAGAGUGCCACCCCCGGCGUCUCACGCUUCUCCCCCUCGCAUUGCCUACCCGCUGACUAAUUAUGCUGGCCCAGCGAACGGGUUCACGGCCACUCCAGCAAUCGCAUCGCCUCCGGCUCAAUAUGCGAAGCCUUUGCCUGUUUCUCAAUACCAAGCUUCACAGGCGUAUCCUCUGACCGGCACUCCUGUACACACGUCACCGACACAAAACACCAGUGCUGCACAAAAUGGACUUCCCCCCCUGGCAAGCCUCUACCCAAACCAAGCUGCCUCUCAGGAAUAGCCUCAGCAAUAUCGGCCAUACCUGUGACUCGAAAGUACAACAUUACAUCCUCCGCCCAACGUUUAGUGGGCUGGUGCUGGAGUAGUGUAAGAUUCAUGGACCAUUUGAGCGGUGUUAAAUCGGUCGGCUAUCUGGGAACGCACUUUGGCUCAAGGUGUAUUCAGACUCAUAGACCCCCCCUUAAUCGCGUUCGUCAUCCAUUUAUGACAUAGACACGUCAAGCUUACAGAGAAGACUCUUUUCAAGCGGGUCUCGUGUUCUCAUUGUACUGACUAGGAUCGUUUUUUGGCAGACGGAUUAUAUGAAUCGAAACAAUUUGUUUUAUUGGAUCUGAUCUGCAGGCAUGACGGAAUUUGCUUGCUUACAUGUAUUUUACAUUUGCGCGAAAUAUUAUAAUGUUCAUGCCCU